CCGUGUGUGCGCGCCUAGUGGGACGAUAGGCUUGCUCGCCGGAGUCGGAUCCGUCGUCGUCUCAUUCGUGUUGCAGACGUUUCGUGAGUCGGAUAAGAUUCCCGACAACCCAAACAACACCUAAACCGUGCAUCUCUCUUUCGCCCAUCCAAUCAGAUACACGAAAACAGAGAGAGAGUGAGAGGGGCAGUGCAACGAUCUAACCUCAAAUAAAAAAAAGAAGAAGAAAAGUAAUAGAGAGGAACGGACGAAUUGCGAAGAAACGUACGCACGAGCGACGGGGGCACAUAUAGAAUAUCUAUCCCCUCCCCCCCACACUCACCUCUCGCGCCUUCCCCACGGUCGCGUCUUUAUUUUCGGGCGUCCGGAUUAGAAAUGUGCUAUUACAAAGUGAAACAUCGGACAAGCGGUUCGCGUGUGUGAGAGGACGAAAAGAGGACUCGUACUUACCAACAAUCCAAUACUGCAACAGCAGCAGCAGCAACAACAAAUCACCCUCUCCAACCUAAAACAAAACAAUAAAGGGUUACAAGUUAGCAGCAAGUGAAUAAAAAAAAAGUAUAAAUACAUUUUCUUUUCCCGGAGGAGAGAAAGUUACUACUACUACUAUUAUUACUACAACUACCACCACCACCACAACCAUAUAUUAUUAUUACCACCACUACAACUACAACAAUUACCAACGAAUCUGUCAGUUGUGUGCGUGUGCUCUCUCUCUAUCUGUGUGCAUUUUACCACAUCCAACAACAACAACAUCACAUUGGGAUUUUGUUUUACCUUGUUUUAUCAAAAAUCACACCCUCUGGAUACGAUGCUCGCACCUGCAAGAUUCGCGUGAACAAGAAGGACGGAUCAAUCUUACACGAGGUUUUGUAAGAUCGGGCAUGGCAUGCUCCUGCAAUGUUAGGCUGUAGUACGGUAUGUCCGAAAUGUCAGCACCAGUUUGCGUGCUGUCCGCCAAUGAUGUGCUGCGGUGGAGGCAGCGGCGACGGCGGCGCUUCACGACGCUCUCUGCACGUGCUGAGCGGCGGUCGGAUGGUCACUCUGACGCCGGCCACGACCCUGAUGUCUCCACCGACGCUGGCGGCAGCUGCAGCCUUCGUCUCGCCCCAAGUGAGCCCCAGCGUGCCGCUCGCCUUCGUCAUCCCGCCGCUGUUCCAGCUGCAGCCUCUGCAACCCAUACAGCUGCUACCGCAGUUCGUGGAUGCUCGCCCCGAGAACGAGCUGCAAGUCCUCUCCGACACCGAUCGGGCUCUGCGCCUGUCCGGCUGGUUCUACGAGGGCAUCACCUACCAGCAAAGCCAGGAAUUGCUCAAGGAACGACGAGUGGGCACCUUCCUCGUGCGCAACUCCUCCGACCCGCGCUUCCUCUACUCCCUGAGCGUGCAGACUGACAGGGGCCCGACCUCGGUGCGACUGCACUACGUCAACGGCUUCUUCAGGCUGGACGCGCAAGCGCAUAUCCGAGAGGCGAUGCCGCUCUUCCCCAACGUCGUCGAACUGAUCGAGCACUACGUGCAGCUGUCGCGCGCCUGCAAGACCGGCGCCCACGUCUGGGUGGAUCCCAAGGGCAAACUCUACUCUGCCAUCGAGCUCGAUCGACCCCUGCUGAAGGAGGACACCGCUCCCAGCCUGAAGCAUCUCGCCCGUCUCGCCGUUCACGCCGCCAUCAGACGAUCAGCAGCACCGCGACUCAAAUAUCUGCCGCCGCCGCACACGCAACUGGAAUUACCCAAGUCGGUCAGCCAAUACCUGACGGAGUAUCCAUUCUCCGUCUGAUCCUCCUCGUCCUUCUCCUCCGGGCCUUGAUCUACCAAAGAAAAAAGAAACAUUCAUCUUAGAAAGGAGAGGAACGGUUGGAAGAGGGAAGGAAGGAAGCAAGCAAUCAGCAACAGCAGCAGCAGCAGCAGCCUACAAUCCACCACCAUUCAAGUCGAAAAGAAAUAAUCAAUACAUAAAAACGGGUACCUUUACAUACCCCACCAAACCCCCCACACCCUCACGCAAAACAGUAAAAAUCAAGAACAUUUUACUUCUACUAUUUUUAUUAUUAUUAUUAUUUUCGUAUUGUCAAAAAUAUAAUGAAAUUAAAUCGUUAUACCACACGAAUAGAACAACACCGCAUUAGUA